UGACACCGACGGAUUUCUGCCUAUUCAAUUCGGACAGUGUGUAGCUAGUAGUAGGAGGGUUACUUUCAUGGUUUCUAUGUUCAAAUCUUCAAAAUAUCGCCCGUGAUAACGGCAGGCAUCGGUACCUGUUUUAUUCUGCGGAGAAAUCUCUGCACGCUCACGGAGGUUCUUUUGCACAGGUGAAACAACCAUUUUCCGCAUUGGUGGAGGAUUGCAUUGGGAUAUCAUCAGCUGAACGGGUCGAUAUCGGUGUGACUGACCCGGUCAGGAGCCCACUGCCCUGAGAGGCUCUCUGGAUCUCUGCCUCCUCCUCUCAGGCUGCUCCCCCCACCCAGGCUUGGGCUACGGUACCCCCAAACCCCCCUCCCCACCCCCCCACCCCCCCCAUCGUGGGACUCUGCUUUGGAGCAUCAUCCUAGCCUAGGAGUGAGGAUACUAGACUCUGGUGGACACCUUGACACAGGAACACGUUAAGACUGCUAAGUCAUGAGCGAGUUCUGGUUGUGCUUCAACUGCUGUAUUGCAGAGCAGCCCCAGCCGAAGCGGCGGAGGCGCAUCGACAGGAGUAUGAUCGGGGAGCCCACUAAUUUUGUCCACACAUCCCACGUGGGAUCGGGAGACAUCUUCAGUGGCAUGAACUCGGUGAACUCCAUUCAGAACCAAAUGCAGUCAAAGGGUGGAUACGGUGGAGAGGACAUGCCUUUGAAUGUGCAGCUGCAACUGGUGGACACAAAAGCAGGAUAACAUGGAGGGGCUGCUUCACGGUUCCUUCAUGUGGAUGUUUUUCAGUGAACGCUUCCCUCAUCCUCCCUCCCCCAUAUUGGACUAGGGGAUAAUGUUCGCCUCCUUCCGCUCAGUCUGUCCUCCCCUGCUCCCACUGAGCCCUCUAUCAACCCCCUCUUCUCCGCCCCACCCCUCAACUCUCCUCGCGCCACAAACACAUGGACACUUUUUGUCACUCCAUUGGAAUGAGGCUGCUCCGCCUCUGCCUGUCUGUCUGUCCAUCCGCCCGUCUCCCACGGAGGACGACAGUCAAAGGACAGCAGCGCUUCAGUUUUAGUGUACCUCACCCUCCCAACUUAAGCCGGACGCAAAAAAGCAUGCUCCUCAUCUCUGCAAGGUCAAAGUGUAAAACGCUUCUUCUCUUCCGUGAUUAUUUGUUGCUGUGAGCAUUUUUUGGGGUGCGGUGGGGGUUGUCAAUUCAGUGUUUAAAGGUCUGGAACCUACAAGUACAAAAUGUAUUAUUUUUUUUAUUUUUUAUUAUUAACAUAUUUUUUUUUAGAUAUAUAUAUAUACUUGUCUGAUUUGGCGGUCAGAAUGGUGGCUGACCACGUUUGUGAAAAGUGGCUUGCUACGGCCCUUUGGUGCCAAAAUGUCUGUAGCGUGUAUGGAAUGAUGAUACUUUUUCUGCUGACAAGAAGUAACGUUUAUUUCUUUGGACUGGCUCAAGUGAAUUCCACUCCAAUAGGAAAUGUGAUUGUUACUUCGCUGUUGUUUACAUCGUUCCAGUUCUCAUUCCUUGUCUUUAUUUGGUUGAUACUUGUUCAAUAGAACAGUAACUGAUGUUGAAAUGGCAUUUCACUCGACAUUCUGCUGUAAGUGUUUUGGUAAACUUGAUUUGAAUAAGUCUGAUUAUAUGCUAUAUGAGUAUAUGCUGUGCAGUAAAAUGUAAAGACCUUUAGCUAUGUGGUACAGCGCUAGCUACUGGUGGUACAGCGCUAGCUACUGGUGGUACAGCGCUAGCUACUGGUGGUACAGCGCUAGCUACUGGUGGUACAGCGCUAGCUACUGGUGGUACAGCGCUAGCUACUGGUGGUACAGCGCUAGCUACUGGUGGUUAAGGACUAGGUACUGGUGGUUAAGGACUAGCUACUGGUGGUUAAGGACUAGCUACUGGUGGUACAGCGCUAGCUACUGGUGGUUAAGGACUAGCUACUGGUGGUUAAGGACUAGCUACUGGUGGUACAGCGCUAGCUACUGGUGGUUAAGGACUAGCUACUGGUGGUUAAGGACUAGCUACUGGUGGUACAGCGCUAGCUACUGGUGGUUAAGGACUAGCUACUGGUGGUACAGCGCUAGCUACUGGUGGUUAAGGACUAGCUACUGGUGGUAAAAG